ACGGUGUGUGCUGGGGGCCACAUCACCAAGACCCUGGGCUACUUGGAGCUGGGCACCUCCGGCCUCCUCAAGGAUGUCCCCUACGGUACCCUGAAGCCCCCAGUGCUUGACCCUGGGCGGCUCAUUCCAGCUGAGCCCCCCCAGGGCGCAAGGACACCCUCGGGUGCCGCACGGAGCCCCUGGGACUGGCAGAAGAACCAGACAGCUGGGGAGCUGCCAAGCCCCCAUGCCCGGCGCAAGCCCUCACUCAAGUCUGGCCGCACCAAGAAGAUCUUUGGCUGGGGCGACUUCUACUUCAACAUCAAGACGCUGAAGUUCAGCCUGUUGGUGACAGGGAAGAUCGUCGACCACAUCAACGGGACCUUCAGUGUCUACUUCCGCCACAACUCCUCCAGCCUAGGCAACGUCUCGGUCAGCAUCGUGCCUCCCUCCAAGGCGGUCGGUUUUGAGGUGCGGCAGAGCACCCUGCCCGAGGGGCACCCGGCCAAGGCCCUCAACUGCCACGUGGAGUAUGAGAAGACCAACCGGGCACGGAAGAAUAAGCCCUGCCUGUACGAUCCCUCCAAGGUGUGCUUCACCGAGCACACGCAGAGCCAUGCCGCCUGGCUCUGCGCCAAGCCCUUCAAGGUCAUUUGCAUCUUCAUCUCCUUCCUCAGCAUCGACUACAAGCUGGUCCAGAAGGUCUGCCCUGACUACAACUUCCAGCAUGACAACCCCUACUUCGGCUGA